AUGAAUUCAGAGGUAAAUAUGAACCUGGUGAAGCGCAGCCCCGAGGAGGCCGAGGCCAACGUGGCGCUGGCCUGGGCGGGCGGGCGGCCGCAGCUGCGGGCGCGGCGGCACAUCGCGGCGGGCGCCGAGCUGCUCCGCUGGGCCCCGGAGCCCCCCGCAGGUGAUGCCGAUGUCUCCAAAGAUGUACCGGAUGAAACCACAGUCCUUGGCAUCUCUACUGAGGCUAGGAGGCCAGCCCCCAAAUCUGUCCAUGGGCUGCAAGAAAAGGAAAGCACUGCUCUUGAACAUGAGCCGUGGCAAGACAAAGUGCCACAGACUGAGAAUGAGCACCUCAAGACCGUCUCAGGCAUUAAAGCCAAUGGCAAGUGCAGGCAAGAACUGGACAAGGGUGCGGAUCCAAGAUUCACAGCAGAAAAAGUGGAGCUGGGGCAAAAAGAGGCAUGCUCAGGAGACAGGGAUCUGCCAUUGCCCUCAGGUGGGCAGCUCCAGAAGUGCCUUAAGGACUGUGGUGCCAGGACAGCUGGGGAAGAAGCAGCCCAGCACUCCAGUCCUUCAGAAGGAGAGGAUAUAGAGACUUGCAGGAAAGAGAGUAAAGUUUCUGAAGACUCCAAGCAGGGAUCCCCAGAGCAUGGGGAAAAGGGCUCACUGGAGCAGCCUGAGGAGCAGGAGGACUGUACAGAACUGGUGGAGACUCAUUCUGGCAGCCCAGGUCCCCCGCCAGAUGCCCUGUCACAGAAGGAGCUGGUCAGGCGCAGGUACCACUGUGGGGAGUGUGGCAAAGCCUUCCUGCAGCUCGGCCACCUCAAGAAGCAUCGUUUUGUCCAUGCUGGCCACAAGCCUUUCCUGUGCACGGAGUGUGGCAAGAGCUACAGCUCAGAGGAGAGCUUCAAGGCCCACCUGUUGGCCCACCGGGGCAUGCGGCCUUUUCAAUGCACCCAGUGCGACAAGGCCUACCGCACGAAGCGAGACUUGCAGGAGCACCAGGUCCUGCACACCGGCCAGCGCCCCUUCUGCGAGCAGUGCGGCAAGUCCUACACCCUGGCCACCAAGCUGCGGCGCCACCAGAAGUGCCACCUGGCUGACAAACCCUACAAAUGUGAGCUCUGUGGCAUGGGCUACAACCUUUCCCAGAGCCUUGCACGCCAUAUGCUCACCCACAAGGCGGAAAAGGACCCGGAGGAACUGAACACUGCAGUGGUCUCUCUUGCUAUGGACUUACCCCACGCAGCAAGGAGAAGGCCUCAGAGGAAGAGCUACCAAGAGGAAGAUGUGGCAGAGCCCGCCUUGCUUAUGGUGGAGGUGCCAGAGCCAGAAAAUGAGGCAGAGCUCCUGAUCACAGCCAGUGGUCAUUGCAUUGCUGCUUACCAGUCUCAAGGCAGCCCCCCAGGUCCUGAGGCACACGGGAGACUUGCUGAGCGUUUGCCAUCGACAAAGGACAUCAUUGAAAUCACCAUCUCCGAGCACGAGGACAAGUGCGUUAUUGUGCAGGACAAGGGCUCACCAAGUGACAUGGUCAUCAUCCAGGAGGGGGUGGGCUUUGGAGCAGUGGCAGAAGUGGUGGAGGUCGAGACUAGGACCUGACUAUCUCAGCCUGCUCUGUCUGGGCUUCUGUACAGAAUAUUAAAGUUUUUUUUUUUU